CCCCCCGGCUCCGCGGUUUUCCAUGAAAAUCGAGGUACGCGCGGCCGAACCGACGCUGGACAACUAUCGCGUACCAGCCGAACCGCGUGCCGAUCGUCAACGGGAUGGGAAUGCAGCCGCGAGCCACCGAUCGGUGACGAACGACCAUUUUUACGAACGACACGACUCGCGAUCGUAUCACGACCACGGUGUGCACGUGCGACGUGAUCCCAGCGAAGAGAGAACUCCUCUGAAUCCGCACGACUCAGCUUCCACAGUGGGGACGGUGUCUAGUUAACAGAAACGAUCUUUUGGGCGUCGGGUCGGUAGGAAACGCGCGGAGGAAACUCGAGAGGAGAGUUGACUGGUUGAAAAUCGUCCGUCGCUGAGCGGAUGCUCCCUCGAGCGGGUUCGGCUGUCGUUCGUCGAGCUCGACGGAUCGGGAGAUCGACCACGGAAGACAAUCGCGUGAACCGUCCGGGUUCAUGACUCGCUAAGGCAAUCGCUCGCUUAUUUUUUAUUAUUAUUCAUCGGCAGAAACGGGUUGGCUGUGUGCGUAAAAAUUGUCGGGCAAUCGAGUGAAGUCGUCGCGCAAAGACUGUUCGUACAAACAAACUCUAGUGAGAAUAGUCGGUAAAAGGGUUCCGCUCGCGGAUCCCGUGAAACGGUGGUGACGAACGCACGGGCUCUAGCGUGAGAAGGGUGAUAUGGUGAUUGGACCCGCAUGGUCGCGUCGUCGUCUCGUACAGCAGAGUAAGUUUCCACGAAGGACACAUGUCUGGUGGACGGUGUCGGGUCGUAUUCAUUCGAGUGGACCGUCGCUGGCUGGCUCGGUGACUGGACGAGAUCACGAUCGCUCGAGUUCGGCGACCAGGACCCCGACAACCAGGCUCAGGAUCAGGAUCAGGACGAAGGCUGUGCUACCGGUGGCGCGUGGUGGGAAUAACCAGCCACGACGGGGCCGAGCGCCGGGGCACGGAAAAGAACAGAGCCCCCGGUGCAGGGAAGAGGAGGCCGAGCCGAGGGCGAGACCGGGACAAGCGUAGCAGCAACGGCCCUGAAACCAAACGGGAACCUAGCUACCCCCUUGCACAGGGGGGAGACAAGAAGGAGACCUCGCCGACGGAGGCGACGGAAAAAGAAGCGACGGAGGUGCGGCACAACUUCGUUAGCAGGGUGGACAGAGGAACGGAACGUGUCUGGAGCGGCUUGGCGCUUUGAACGAAGAUACCACGCCGAAGUGGAACUCUGAUUACCAUCUUGCACAAAACCCCCCCCUCGUGUACAAGUUUAAAACCCAACGACCCUCAACUCACGGUUCUUUAGUGCUCCAGUUUAUAGUUUCUCCUUGCUAUUUUUCAUUUCGUAUCGAUGAGUCCAGUGUGAUAAACGAGCGCGAACGGAACGGGAGAUAGAAGGAGGAGGAAAUUGUUUCGAUGAUACGCUAGUGAUUCACGGUGAUGGUGGUGUGAUACGAAUAUAUAGUGUGCACGCGCGCGUGUUCUACGAGAGUGUGUGAGGAGGGAGGGAGGAUACAAACGUGUAUAUAAAUAAAUAGGAGUAUCCAUGUAUACGUAAUAAAAAAAAAAAGAGGACGCGUGUGUCCGUACGCAUUUGAGUACAAAACAGAGAAAUAUUAAAAGGGAAAGGAAGAGAAAACGAAGGAACAUAGAAUCGGCUGUACGAUAGGAGGAAGGAAAAUAGUGGCGAGGAAGGAGAGGAGGCAGGAAUAGAUAAAUAAACCGGUGAUCAAUUUUGUAAAAAAGAGAGCGCGAGAAGACGAGCGAUAAAAUAAAGAAAGAGGUGGGCCAGGCAUCGGAAGGUGGGCCAGGUGGGACAGUAGCAUGAGUUCGUACUUCGCGAAUUCGUACAUCCCGGACCUGCGUAAUGGCGGGGUGGAACACCCGCAUCAGCAUCAGCAGCACUACGGUGCCGCCGUCCAGGUGCCCCAGCAAACCCAAUCGGUGCAACAGCAGUCCCAACAGUCUGGGGACCCUUGCGACCCCGGCUUAUUACGUCAAGGAGUGCCCGCUCACCAUUAUGGGGCUGCCGGAGGCCAGCAAGAUAUGCCUUAUCCUAGGUUUCCGCCGUACAAUCGAAUGGACAUGCGGAACGCGACCUAUUAUCAGCAUCAACAGGAUCACGGGAGCAUGGACGGCAUGGGCGGCUACAGGUCGACGUCCCCGAGCCCCGGGAUGGGUCACAUGGGGCACACGCCGACACCCAACGGACAUCCGUCCACCCCGAUUGUCUACGCUAGUUGCAAGCUCCAGGCGGCCGCGGUCGAUCAUCAGGGUAGCGUGCUCGAUGGACCGGACAGCCCGCCGCUGGUCGAGGCGCAGAUGCACCAUCAGAUGCACUCGCAGCACCCUCACAUGCAGCCACAACAGACGCAGCAUCAGCAACAGCAGCAACCACCCCCUCAUCAGCAUCUUCAGGCGCAGCAGCAGCACAUGAUGUACCAGCAGCAACAGCAGACGCAAGCGGCAUCCCAGCAGUCGCAACCGGGCAUGCACCCCCAGCAACAGCAGCAAGCUCAGCAACACCAGGGGGUGGUCGCGUCGCCGCUUAGUCAGCAACAACAGGCCGCUCCUCAAGGCGCGGCCAGCGCGAACCUACCCAGUCCGCUGUACCCGUGGAUGAGAAGUCAAUUUGAAAGGAAGCGGGGCCGGCAGACGUACACCCGAUACCAAACCCUUGAGCUGGAGAAGGAGUUCCACUUCAACCGAUACCUGACCAGGCGGCGGCGGAUCGAGAUCGCGCACGCUCUCUGCCUGACCGAACGGCAAAUCAAAAUCUGGUUCCAAAACAGACGGAUGAAGUGGAAGAAGGAGAACAAGACGAAAGGGGAGCCGGGCUCCGGCGACGGGGACACCGAGAUCUCGCCUCAGACCUCGCCGCAGGGUUGAGCGAACAGCCCCACCGGAGAAGUGGAACUUCCAAAGAGGUCUCAUCUCUCUCAGGGUCGUUAAUACCUUGUUUCCAGCACUACCUCCUCCCCCCCAUACCCCCGCCCCUCCGACACAUACACACAUACACACACAC